AUGUGUCUUCGUGUAUGUAUCACGCUUAUUAUCAUAUCUAUUUUUGAAAUCAACUCAUCAGGAGAGUUAUCAAAUGUGUUCAAACCUUUCAGUAAUGGUGAUACUUGUUAUGAUGAAUCGAUUGUUUUAUCAAAUUCCGAUCAAUCCUAUUCCCUUUUUCAUUCGACCAAACGUUGCUCAAAUCUUCUGAAUAAAUGUGAGAUCUUUUAGAAUAUUUAAAAUUUGAUAGAAAAUAAUAAUGUAUUUCUUUACAGACAAGAAAUCAUCUGAUGAAUCUAGUUAUUGUCGACCGGGUCUCGUAGAUUUGGAAAUCACACCAGUAUUCAGGGCUGCUCAAAAUCAAGUGUGAGUAUUCAAAAACAGUUUCAAAAAACUAUUUUUGAUUUUCAGCUAUCCAUAUGCAACUAUUAAUAUAAAUUUAAAAAUUCACGAAGCAAUCGAAGCUGCAUUUGUUCGAUUAGAAUGUUUAAAUACACAAUCUGGAGAGGAUAUAUAUUGUUCAAAUGAUUCUUCAUUAUAUCAUGAUGAUAUUCGUUUAUUACCUUGUCGUGGUAUUCAAUUCGAUUCCUCAAAUGUUGUUUUUCCUGCACAAUUCAAUUAUAAAUGCUUCCGUCUUUAUCCUCAUUCAACAACUGCAAUCAAUGUUUCAAUAUUCCCUCAAGAUUGUAUUGCAAGUUCAAUUAUCACAGCUCCACAUUUGGAAGAAAUGUUUCCAAAUGAUUGGAUUAACAGACAUCAAAAUGGCUUAUCUGAAAUAACUAAAUGGUCUCCAAUGAUUAUGGUUGAUUUGAGUGAAUCCGAUGGUGUUUGGUUGAAAAUUCCGAAACCUGAAGGAAUGCGAUGUAAAAGAAUUGAAAUGAAUAUAUUCGAAGAUAUAAAAGGAAAGGCUUUUUAUAUGAAAAGUUUGACUUUAAAUUGUACCGAUGAAAAACUGAUGGGAAUCAAAUGGUUUGAUGUGAAAAAAGGUCGAUAUUAUAUAACUGCAUUUAUACCUUCUGGUGAUUGUUCUCAAAGAUGUGAAGGUAAUUCAACAAAUUGUAAAAUAUGUCCGCAUACUGAAAUCGAAUUUACAAUUUAUGAUAAUCAUAUUUCAAUUAUUUGGAAGAUUGGAAUGAAAAUAUCAGAAAUUCCAAUAAUUUGGUUAUUAAUUAUGUUCAUCGUUCUUCUUAUUGUUUUAUCAAUUAUUGCUGCUUUAAUAUUCAUUCCACGACGAAAAAUAGAAAAUGGUCCACCAGAUGUAAUACCAUUAAUUGAAAUGAAGAAAUUAUUAUUAAUAUAUGCCGAAGAUACUCCAGCUCAUAAACAAACAAUUGAAACAUUUCGAGAUUGUUUACAACAAAAUGCACAUACAAAUGCAACAAUAAAUGAAGAUAUGUUAUUAGAAAAUAAUUGUCAACCAUCAAAAUGGAUUAAUCAUGUUUAUUCGAUUAUGCCCAAACAUUUAAUUGUUCUUUCUCCAUUGGCGACUAAAGUUAUUGAAGUAUCUGGAUCAGAAGAUGAGGGAAAAUAUGAAAUUGAACAAACUCAACCAUAUCCAGAUAUGUUUAAAACGGGAUUUGAUAAAGUUUUAAGGGUAAGGUGAUUUUUCUUUGAAAGUUAUUAUUAGAAAACAUUUUUAGGAAUGUGCAUUAUGUUCUCGAAAUGCUCGUUCAAUGAUAGGUUUGGUUACGUUGCCAUAUUCAGGACCAAUUCCAAGAAAAUUGAUUAUUUUGGGCCUUCCUACUUUUUCACGUAAGUUAAUUUUUGAAUAAUUAUUCUAAACUGCCACGUAGAGCAUGUAUAAUUCAAAACCAUAAUUUUUUCAGUUCCCGAUGAUUUCACAAAAUUGACAGCAUUUAUUCAUCAAGUUGAUAUCAGAAAUCGAAAUGUGGCCAAUAAUUUAACAACUGAGAUGAAAUUUGUUUUGGAAAGAAGAAUCGAGACAACCAAACGAGAUAUGGAAUCAAGACCGAAGUGGGUAGAAACACGGUGGAUUGAAGUUGAAAAACCAAUUGAUAUUUCUUCGAAAGUUCCAAUGGCAGCUCCUCCUGUUUUGUAUGAAACUCAUCAAGAAAGAGUUGAAGCAAGUGAACGAUUGAAUUUAUUGCCACCUGAUUCAAGUGAUGAAGAAGAUCAUGAAGAGGUAUUUUUUUAUUGAUUGAUCUUUUUCAUUUUAAAUAUUUCAUUUAUAGGUUCAACAAUUCCAAUUGUAUCCACCCGAUGAAGAUGAUGAUAUUAUUAUAGAAGAAGAUGAAGAAGCAGAAGAAGCAGAAGAAAAUGAAAAAGGCCAAGCUGAAACUGGUGUUUGA